AUGCUAAACAAUAGCGGAAUUAGUAAUAGUUCAUCUUAAUAAGGAAGAUCUUCCUCAAGUGUAUAAUAAUAACAAAGAGUAUAAACGAUAACUAUUUAAAGAUCUGGAAGUUAAGAUCCUAAUAACCAAUAUGAAAGCUUAUCUUAACAGUAUUCAUUAAUAAAAAAUAUAGUUAAUAAUAAUUCAAUUUAGUUAUCACCUUCUUCUAAUGCAAGUGGUGGAAUGAACAUGCUCAAUUAAAAAAAAGCUAAUGAUUUCGGUUAAUUGCCUAACAACAGCGGUAUUUAAAGUUUAAAUAAUAAUGUAUUCAGUAAAUUGAAAACAUUAUCUUCAAGAUCUAGUUUACAUUCUUAAGAUAAUUAAUAAUCAUAAGAGUAAGCUUAAUACUAUCAAUAGCAAUCUUAAUAACUUUAGCAAUAAUCAAAUUACAUUAAUAACACUUUGGAGUCAGAAAAAUCAAAUUUCUAAAGCAACUCAUUGGUUAAUCAACUCAAAUUAGAAAUAGAAGUCCUCUCAAAUAAAUAUGAAGAUGCUUUAGAAAGACUUGCUGCUUCAGAAAGAAAAACGCCUUCUUAAUAAAUUAACAAUAGCGAAUAAAUACAUUAAUAAAUAGAUGAUAUAAGUGUAGCAAAGAUUGAUUAUUUAUAGAAAUAACUUUAAUUAUCAUAGUUAUAGCUUGAAAAAGAAAAAGAAAAGGCUUUGAAAGUUAUCUUAAAACUAGAAAAGGAUUUAGAUGGUUAGCAAAGUUCGUUUGAUUUUGAGAAACUUAAAUUAUCUAGCCAAAUAGAAUCUUUAAAUGCUAUUAAUGAUUAACUGUAAAAAGAAAUAAAUAAACUUAAGUCUAUUCAAAAAGAAUCAGUUUUGAUUAGUUAAGAAAAAGAUGAUGCUGAAUCAGUAGUUAAGGAGUUAAGAAAAUAAAAUUAGAUGUUAACUGAUUAAAUAAAUUCGUUAAAUUAAAAUUUUAAUCUUUAGAAGUAAUCAUAAGAUAAAUAAGAUAAAUAAACAUUAAUUAUUUUGCAAGAAUAAACUGAAAAAUUUGAAAAAGAGAUUUUAGUGUUGAAAAAUCAAAAAUAAGAGGAUGAAAAACAAAUAAAUAGCUUAAAACAGCAGAUUUAGUUAAUACAAUUAGAAAAGAGUGAUUUCUUAUCUGUGAAUUAAUCACUUAGAUAAAAUUAAUCAGUGCUUGAAGAUUAAUUAUAAAUUUUGUAAAGUUAAAGUUAAGAAAACGAGAAGGUUAAAAGGUCUUCAGCCAAAAGCGAUUUUGAAAGAGAAAAAAAUGAACUUGUUUAGAAUAUAAAAAAUCUAGAAUAAUAAAUUUUAGUUUUGAAAAAAUAGAACUUUGAUGAUCUUUAAAAUAAUAAGAAAAUUGAAGAAUAAGAUUUAUAAAUUUAGAAACUCAAAAAUGAAAUCAGAGAAGCAACAAUUAAGCAAUAAAAAUUAGAAUAGUUAAAUGGGUAGAUAUAAUUAGAAUGCGAUAUAUUGAGAUCUAGUAAAAGAGAAAAUGAAUAGAGUCAAGAAUAAAGGAAAUAAUUGUAUGAAAAAGCUAUAAAUGACAAAGAUUAAAUAAUUAAAUAAUUAAGAGACACUUUAAAUGAGAACUAGUAGAUGUUCCAACAAUUAUAAACAUAAUUAAAUAUAAAGAUUGAAAUAAUAGCAAACCUUGAGAAAGAAAAUCAAAACACAAGGAAGCUCUACGAAGAUAGAUUAACUACAUCGUAAUAAGAUUUCGAAUAGCUCAAAACUUAGUUGAAAGAUUAAAUAGAAUAAAAGAAUAAAUAAGUUGAACAAAUUCAGUCUUCCUUUAUGAGAGAUAUGGAGUUACUUAAAGAAUAAUUUUCUCUUAAGGAAGCAGAAUAACUUGAUAUAUAAAAAUAAGCUGAUGAAAUGAGGUAGUAACUCUUAGAUGUUAUAGAAGAAAAACAAUCAUGGCUUUAAAAAUACGAAAAAGUUUUUGCAGAAUAGUAAAGUUUAUCAGAAUCUUUAGGAAAAAGUUAAAAAGAAUGUAACUCUCUUCAAGAAAAGCUCUUUUCUUUGUAAAAUGUAGAAUAAAAAUAGCUAGAAGAUAUUUUGAAACUUAAAAAUGAAAUACAAAUAGCUUCUGGAUAAUAAGGUUAAGCUUCUAAUUAAUUGAAAUAGGCCAAUCAAAAAAUUUAAGAGUUAGAAAACAAAAUUAUUCUACUUAACUUAGAAAACCAAAAAGUGAUAACAGAGAAAGAAGAAAUUAACUUCAAGUUAAAUCAAGCAAACCACGAACAGGAUAUUUUAAAAAAAUAAAAUGAAGAAUUUAAAAACUAAUUAGAAUAACUUAAAAAUUAAAUAUUAUAAGAAAAAAAUAAAUCAAAUGAAUAAAAUUAAGUAAUUUAGAAGUUGUAAUAAUAAGCCAAAGAAGAAGAAGUAUUAAAAGAAAAUUUAAUGUCUAAGAUUGAUAGUUUGUAAUAAUUUUAAUAGAAAUAUCAUGAUGCAUCCUUAUAACUUGAAUAGUUUAAUAUAAAUAUAUAAGAAUUUUAAAAAUAAAUUAAAGAUUUGUCAUAAAUAAAAGACGAAAGUUAAAUUAAAAUCAAUAAACUAAAUUCAGAAAACUAUGAAGCAACAUAAUAACUAAUGAAAGAAUAAGAAUUAAACUCUACAUUAAAAGGAGAAGUUUAACACUUGCAGUUACAGAUUACUUAAAAAAAUGGAGAAUUAUCUUCUUAAUAUGAAUUGCUUAACAAUAAAUUGAAAGAAUAUGAAGAGAAGGAGUAGAAAUUAUUAAUUUAAAUUUCAUAAUUAAAAAUUUAAGAUCAAGAGUAAGAAUAAAAGCUCAUCAAAGAAAGAGAUGAAUUGCAUUCUAAAUUAAUUAAUUUAGAUAUAAGUACCUAAAACAUUAUGUCUAAACAUUAAGAAGAAAGAAAUAAUUAUGAAAGAAAGCUUUUUGAUUUAAAUAACUUAUGUAAUGAAGCAAAAUAGUAGAAUAUUUUAAGUACUGAUAAAUUAACAUAAGUUACCAGAGAAUUAGAAUAACUUAAAGAAACUAAUAAAUAAAAAUAAAAUUAAGUUUCCGAGUUGACUUUAAAAUUAGAAGAGGUAACAAAGCUUAAAAUCACUGAUUCUUCAAAGAUUUAAGAGCUAUAAUCAUAAGUUGAUUUUGUUAAGCAAGAAAAAGAUAGAGAAAUUAAAAAAUCUAUUGAAUUAUAAAAAAAUUUAGAUGGCUUAAUUGCUUCAACUAGUCAAAAAGAUUAAGAGAUAAAUUUAUCAAAAAUACAGAUACAAGAAUUAAAUAGAUAAAUCUUAGUAAGUAACGAAACUAUAUAAAGCUAUAAAAAGCAAGUAGACAAUCUCCAAGAAAGCUAUGAAAAACAGUUAUCUGAACUUUCAACAUUUAAUGAAGAUUUAAAAAGAUCUAAAUUAUUGGAUGAUGAGAGAAUCUAAGAGUUAACAAUGAAAACAUCAUAGAUCGAAGAGUAAAUGGACCUUAGAAAUUCUCAGCAUCUUUAAAUGAGUGAAGAAUUUAGGAAAAACGAAGAACAUAGAUUCUAGUUACUGUGCUAACAGAUGGAAAUAGAAAAAUAACAAUUUUUGAAAGAUAUUUAAGAUUUAACUUUAAAACUUGAAAAAUGUGAAAAGGAAUUAGAUGAAGAAAAAAAUUAGUUUAUCUACUAGCUUGAAUAAUUUAGAGAAGAGAAAUCUUAAUUGCUUAAGCAAAUUGAAGAGGAAAAAAGUAUUAAAGAAAAUACAAUAUUCCAAAUUUAACAACAAUUUGAAGAGCAAAAGAUCUAAUUCAGUUUGAAAUUGAAUGAUUUAAUGAAUAAUUAGGAUAAACAUAUAAAGAGUAUUAAUAAAGAAUUUGAAGAAUCAAAAAAGAGAGAUCAGCUUGAAAUAGAAUCAUUGAGAAAUUAAAUUGAUGAAGUAAAAGAAAGUUCAAACAUCCAAAUUUUAAAUUUAUCAUAAUAAUUAGAAGAAGUAAAGAUGCAAGAAUAAGAAAAAGUAUCUGCUGUUUUAUAGCAAAUGUUAGAGUAAAAGUAAACUGAAGAAAAAUAGAUAACUAAUUUAACUUCUUAGUUGGAAGUAAAGUCUUAAGAAUUAACUUAGCUUAAGAUUUAAAUAUAAUAAAAUUCACAUUUUGAGGUUUAGCUCUAAGAUGCUGAAAAUAAACUUGCAGGCUAAGUUCAAUAAAUUGAAAAUUUGCAAAAAAUAAAUUAAAAUCAACAAGUAUAAUUAGAGUAACUCAAUUUGCAAAUUUAAAAUUUCUAAGACCAUAUAUAGUAAAAAUCAAUGAAAUAUUCUACGAGUGAAGUAAACUUUUCAGAAUAAAUUGAAAAGCAAUAAGAAUUUAUUGAUAAACUAAAAUCUUAAGUAUCUGAAUUAGAAUUAAAUAUUUAAAAACUGAAUCUUAAUUCUACACAAGAAAAAACAAAAUUGAAUUUAGAAAUCGAAAAACUAAACUAAACUAUAUAGAAAUAGCAAAGCGAUUAUAAUUCGUCUAUUUAUAAACUUAAUUGUUAAAUAGAAAUUUAUAAAAAUGAAAUCAAUGUAUUUUAAUCUUAAAAUAAUUCUAUUUAGUCAAGUAAAGACACCUUCCUUAAAGAAUAUGAAAAACUCCAAGAAGCGAACUCGAAAUUAGUUUUAAGUAAAUCAGAAUUAGAAAUGGAGUUAGAGAUUCUUAAAAACUAAAUUUAACACACUCAAUAAGCAACUAUUUUAGAAUUUGAAGGUUUUAGGCAAUUAAAUGACAAGAGGAUAAAAGAAAUUCUUGAAAAGGAUGAAAAAAUAUAAGAUUUGCAAAACCAACUCCAUUAAAGAGAUAUAAAAAUGCUUUAGUUUAAAUAAAAUGAUGUUGGUCUUGCCAGAUAAAUUGAAGAUCUUUAAUUGUAAGUAAAAAAUUUAGAAAUAGAAAGAAAUUAACUGUAAUAGAGCUAUUAGAAAUUUUAAGAAAGAAUAUAGUAAUUGGAAGGUUAGAAGUAAUAGUUUAGAGACAAAUAUAAAAAAAUAGUUUAAUAGUCAACAAGUGAAUUCCUAGCUCUCAAGAGCUAAGUUGAAAAUUUAGCAAAAAAAGAUGCCAAUAGUUCUAUUGAUUCAAGUAUUAGAUAUCAAAGCGAAUCCAUAAAUUUAAAGAUGAAGGAAGAACUCACUCUCAAAAAUCAAGAACUUUAAAAAGCUUACGAGUUUAUUUAAAGCAAAAAGCAAGAGUGUUCUGUUUUAUCAUAACAAUAUGAAGUUUUGAAAUAACAGCUCGAAAAAAAAGCAGCAUCAAACUCACUUUAGAAUUCUAUGGAAUAGGAUGGUAAUGAAGAAUUAACACACUUAAAGCAAGAAAAUGAUUUACUUAAAUAAAAAAAUAAAACUCUUUUGCAGAAUAUUGUUGAACUAGAAACAAAAUAAAAAUCAUAACAAUAGAUGUAUACUUAAUCUGAUUCUAUAGAUAAAUAUUAAGAUACCCAAUAAUCAGGUUUUUCAAUGAAAUAAGAUAAUUACAUUUUUACUGAGUAAAAUAUUAAACAAGCCCCAAUUGCUACUUAGCAAUCAUCGACAUCUUCAACAAAAAUAAAAUAAAGUUUGGUUAAUCCCUAUCACCACUAUAUACCUCUUCCUCCUACUACAGAAACUUAAAGAAACAAUAAUAAGAUUAUAUAUAGCAUAAUUAAUAACCAAGUUCCCAACAAUGAUUAGAGAUAUUAAUAAAAGAUGGGUAUCCGAAACAAUAGUUUUUCUAAUUAAAAAAUGUAUGCAUAGUAAAAUUAAUAAAUUUUCCUUUCUCCUUAAACUAAAUGA